AUGUGCAACUCGCCUCUUUUGGUCGACCAACACGCGUGCCCUUCCUUCUUCACGCCGCGGCAGCACCGCAGCGCGGAAUCCCGCGCGGACACGUUGAGGGGCCUGCCGCUCUCGCUCCGGGACGUGGCGCCGGGCAGCGCCUUUCCGCCGGGUGACGCGACAGGGCCCUUCGCCCCGUCACCGGCGCCGCUUUCGGCGCGCCGUCAAGGGCGUUCAAACCGCGAGGUGUACGAGGCGAUGCUGCGGCGCGACGCGAUGGCGGCGGAGCGCAAGGAGGAGGCACGCAGGACGGCCUUGCAGCGGGAGCUGUCCCGCUGCCGCCCCACACCACGCAUCAGUGCCAUGGGCCACAACCUCCCACGCGACACAGACAUCAUCGAGCGGCUGGAGCGCGUGCACGAGGAGAAGCAGAGGCUUGACGAAUGCAGGCGACAGGGGCGGGAGCGGGAGCAGCAGCAGGACAUGGCGGGGUGGUUCGUGCCAAAUAUCACCGAUAUGGGGCACUGCGCGGAGGGUCGUGCCCUGCAGGCGUCUGUGGAGUAUCCGCAGCGCCGUCAUCAACGGGAGCAGGAACAGGCGCGGCUCGCUGAAGCCCUCAGACGCCGCCGUUUGGAAGCGGAGAUGGCGGAAGUGUACGGCGCGCCGAAAAUAAACCUUCGCAGCGCAGAACUUGUGCGGCGUGCACGGGCGCGCAGUGGAGGUGGCGAAGCGUUUAAUGCUGACGCCGUGCUGGAGCGCGCGGCGCUAGCGCGACUUGCGCUGUGGGAAAUACACGCACGCCGCGAGGCGGAGUUAUCGCCGUUUUCGCCGCGUAUCACGGCUUACGCUGCGGGGAUGAGGCGCAGCGGCAACGUCGUUGACCGACUGCUCUUCAGCGCGGAGACGCAAAACCCGCGACAGAGCGGCGGCGCAAGGCGCGCACGUAGCGAGCCUCGGUUGCAGCCCCAAAGUGGCGGCCCCGCUUUUCCACGCGGGCAAAGCACCGACCCGCGUGACGCGGCGGGGCGGCGCGGGCGGCACUGCGGCCCCAAUAGGACUCCGGCGGACUCCGGCGCGAGCUCCAUGGAGGAGCGGCAGCGUCAGUACCAACUGCGGCGUGAGGAGAAGAUCCGCGCCGUAUUUGAGGCGGAGCGACGGCUGCACACGCCGAACAUCAACCCCAUCUCGGAAAUGCUCGCCGCGAGCCUUCCCGUGUCCUCCACCGAGCGCCUCAUGGCGGGCCGCAGACGUGGCGACAGCGCAAUCGUUCCGGCGGGCGACGGCAGCAGACUCGCAUCAGGCCGCCGCUCGUUCUGGUCUGACGCCAGGGACGGGCAGCGGCACAGGGGCGCCAGUGCCCAGGACGACGGCCCCGAGGAGUACGUCUCGCCCAUUCAAUCCUCGGGCUGGGUAGGCAGAAGGACUCCGCAGAAGCGCGGCAAUGCGAAAAUGUACGAAAGAAUGCGUCGUUGGAAGCAGCGACGGGACGACAAGGUCCAGGAGAUGCGCCACGAGCUGCAGGAAGAGAAGGCGCGGCAGUUAAUGCUCUCAGCGUGCGCUACACAGAAGGGUGUGAAGGACGCCCCGGCUUUGCCUGAGACGUGCCGUGGAAAAUUGUUCCCUGAGGGCUGCGCGACUCCGCGAGCACCGACAGGGGAGACCGAAAGCGCCAGAACACCUGUUGUGCUUUCGUUAUUAAAACAGUCAUGA